AUGCAGGACAUGGAACAAGUGUCCCCUGUCCUCAAUCUGUCAUCAGCAUCCACCCAAACCAACAUGAAUGGUUCGUCUUACUACGAUCAGGAUCAGGUGGACUCUUCAGCCAGCCUUUUCUUCAUCGUGGUCUACGGUCUGGUGUUUCUGGUGGGUUUGCUCCUGAACGGGUUCACGCUGAAGUUUUACUUCUGCAGCGCUCAGCAGCAGGCGUCCAGCAGCGUGACCAUCUACCUGAAGAACCUGGCAGCUGCAGACUUCCUGAUCAGCCUCUGCCUCCCCAUCAGGAUCAGCCACUUCGCCAGCAGAUCCGUCACCAUAUUCAGGGUCUACUGCAACUUUGGGGCCAACGCCUUCUACCUGAACAUGUACGCCAGCAUCCUGUUCAUGGGUUACAUCGCAGCUAACAGGUAUCUAAAAAUCGUCCACCCUUUGGGGAAUAACAUCCUGCAGACAGUGCGAGCUGCCCGCAUCAUCUCCACAGUUACCUGGGUCUUCCUCCUGGCCUUUGCAACUGCCUUCACCACCAUGAUGCUCCUCUCUGAUGAAUCACCUCCAUCAGUCACAAACACUUUGAGCUGUGACGUCCUGCUUGGGGAGCAGCUCAGCCUCUUCUACAAAGCUCUUCUCUUCUGCUCCACCUCCAUCUUCCUCAUCGUGUUCGUUUCCCUCUUCUUCUUCUAUUACAGCACCUCUCGCAGGCUGGCGACAGUAGAGCAGAGGCAGCCGGCGCCCUCCGGCUCUAAGAAGCUCACCAAGUCCCGCAGGAACAUGUUGGUGCUGGUCGUCGUCUUCUGCGUCUGCUUCAUGCCGUACCACCUGGUCCGCCUCCCGUACACGUUCCUGAAAAGGCGGGGUCAGACCUUCUUCUUUCUGAAGGAAAUGACCGUCAUGAUGUCCAUCCUCAAUGUCUGCUUGGAUCCACUCCUCUACUUCAUCUUCUGUAAAGCCUACAGGGCCCGGCUAAAGCAAAGUGUUUGGCAAGGAUCUCAGAGGGCAGGCUAG